AAGCAACAAGACCCAAAUUCCAUUUUGCAGUGUUAGAGAAUGUGGUUUGGUUGAUGCCCAUUUGGGUUUGACGAAUCCAACUGGUUAGGCUUUGUGAUAUCCAACACAACUGCUGGUGAAAAUAAGAACUCUUAUAUUAUCCUAGUAGGAAAUGAAUCCUUAUUAUUACCAAGGUGGUCCUGGAGUUGGCGUUCCUCCUCAACCAUAUGGCGCACCUCCAAGUUACCCUCCUUCCCAAUAUGGAAGAGGAACAAGUACUACGUAUGGUGCAGGACCUUAUGGAAUGUACCAACCUCCUCCUGUUCCUUCAACCAAUUAUGCUAUGAAUUCUCCUUAUGGUAUGUAUCCCUUACCGCAACAACAACAACAACUAUAUCCUAUGUUCCCUGGUUCUGGCGCUAUGAGACAACAACAAGCACCUCCUCCCAACGCACUUCCAGCCUUGACUUUUGAACAAAGCGGAAAUGAAACAAAGCACGGCAAAGAACAAGGAAUUCGAAAAUAUUUACAACUGAGCCAACAAGAACAACAACAGUAUGCAAUGCUCUUUCGUGAAGCUUCCAAAGGUUCGGGUACCGUUUUAGGUAGAGACGCUGUGCAAUUUUUUGGACGAGCAGUGAACGUGGAUCGUGCCACUUUGAGAAAAAUUUGGGAUAUUGCUGACUAUCGUAGUGCUGGUGAGUUGCGUAGAGACGAAUUCUACAUAGCUCUUCGACUGUUGGCAAUUGCACAGUUGGGUUAUGAAGUAUCCAAGAAGACGUUGAAGCAGUUGAUAGGGAAGGAUUUGAUUCCCGAACUCAAAGGUUACAGCAAUGAACCGUCACAUCCCCCAAUACCGAUGAAUAUGUAUCCAGCUAGUAACUUGACACAUCCUCCUCCACAAGGUGGUCCUGCAAGUUAUCCUAACCAAACAAUGCAACAAGACUUUUGGGAACUAAAACCUGCAGAUUGCAAGAAAAUAGAUCACCAGUUUGCAGAAAUGGACAAACCCAAAAAAGGCUUUCUGGCAGGUUCCAAAGUUGCUGGAAAAUUGGCAGAGUCAGGGUUACCUCGUCCUGUGUUGAAAAGGAUAUGGGAAUUAGCGGAUGUCACUGUGGAUGGGAAACUUGACUAUAUCGAGUUUCGUAUAGCGAUGGCGUUGGUAAAUGGUUCGAAGCAAGGAUACCCAUUGCCUCCAUCUUUGCCAGCGAGUUUACAUCCAGAAAGACUAAAAAAGAUUCCAUUUGCAAGAAAAACUGGAAAGACUUCCCAGUCCUCGAUGAUGCCUGAUAUGACAAGUCGAACAUAUAACCCAUCUUCCUCAGUUAUCUAUGCAUCUUAUGGACCUGGAGCUGCAGCCUGGCAAGAGAACCCAUCUGAUCUUGUACGAAAGACACGUGAAGCAGAUGAAGAACUAGAAAGGACCCGGCUUGAAUGGUCACAAGUGGAAAAAGAAUAUCAAGAUUUGGAAGAAGAAAUACAUCACUUGCGCAAUCAGUUGGAUUCCAAAAAAUGGGAAAUGGACUAUUUAAGAAAUACUCUUCAAGAACGUCAAAAGGGAAACAAAUCCAAGUCUUCGCCAUCUUAUGUUCCUCCUUCUACAUCUCCCAAUGUAUCUCAUCCUUCCAGACAACUUUCUGGGAUGGCCAAUCAUCAUGGAAACUCUUGGUCUAGUGAUAUUUUUACUGCACCUACUUCCAGUGCUCCCUUAACUUCCACAAAGACUCCUGAUAGUUCUACUACCCAUUGGAACGAUUUCUCUGCUUUACCACCUCCUUCUAAUACUACUGUUUUGGACAAUGCAUAUUCCUCUGCAUUGAAUGAUACGGAUGACUUUUUAGAUCGUCCUUAUGUUCCGGAAGGAACUUGGAAUCAGAAUAGUGGUGGUGUUUAUAAUGUAUCAAGAGAUAACCAAUCGAUCAGUAAUAAUAUGAAUGACUGGGCUCAGUAUUACCCCAAUAGUGGUGGUGAUAUAGCUUCAAGUCGUUCUCGUGGUUUAUCAGCCUCCAAAAAGCAUGAAUAAUGACUGCUUCAUAAAGAAUGCAUUUCACGUUGGUUUAUUUUUUGUCACGAUGAGCUUUCAAUUUAUGUGCCAUCCACAACCCAAAGGUUAAUGAUAUCCAUUGUGAUAACAGAAUAUUGGUAUUGGCUUGUACGAUGAAAAUAUCUAAUGGUUGUAUAGCAGUUUGGUUAUUCACUACCAAAGGAGAAGGUUGAAGUCCUGCCGAUAAAAUUUUAGCCAGCAAACGUCCAACAAUAGCUUGUGCUGCUAUAACCGUAAAAAACAUUCCCACUACGGUCAAUAGGAUGCCACUUUGUAUGGAAGAUGCCAGUUUAUUCAUCGCAGUGGUGGUUUCUUCACCUUGUUGUAACUUGACACUCCAUCGUGUAUAUCCCCAAGUCCAUAACACAGAUAAAAAACAAAAAGUCAAUGCUAUACAAGCCGAUAACAAACCAAUCAAAGACGACCGCACCAAAGUAGUAGAAGAACGAAUGGGCGUUACCGACAUUGCGAAUAACAGAAUAACUCCAGCAAUCACAGAUAAUACCAACUGUGCCCACCAGGAAAUCCAACUAUUCUUCCACAAUAAAAAGGCCAAGUACCGAGUGUCUGAAAAAGUUGAAGAAGACAGGGGAGGAGACGUAGGAUUCAUUUCCGUUUUACUAGUAUUAUUCUGAGAGCACAUGUUGA